AGGGCGUACCUCUCCUCUCUGUUCCUGUUCUGUUACUUUUUCUCGAACCGAACUUGAAUUUAAUUGAAAUUAUUAAAAUCAAGGCCUUCUGCAAAAACUUACGUCCUUAAUUAUUAUAAAGUUGUCAAUUACUUUCAACGGAGAAGUCUAAGCUGGGCGGAUUCAAUUAUUUAGGCACUGCAUGCGACAUGCACUUGUAAAACUCGUAUACGGUCUGCGACAUGACCUACGUUAUAACGUCGUGAUAUUCAGUGAUAUUUAGCAUUAAAUGUGGGUUAGAGUUCGAGCGUGAAGUAAUGCGUGUAUGUGGAGAAUUGAUGUGGCAUCGGGACAGGUUUUGUUUGUAGGUCGGCCCGUAGGUCGAUCCGAGUGAUGAGGCAGCGGACGGCGGUGUUAUGAAUGAGGAAGCACUGUUGGCAAGGGCUACCGAGGAGAGGGAGCGCAUCUUCCAGAGAUAUGAGCGCGGCCGCGACAACCUGGUGGGGCAGAUAGACCCCUGGGAGGACCCUGAGUUCGAGGAUUACCACAAAACUGACAGAUACGGGUUCAUCCACGAUGAGCGGCUGCCCCAGAAGACGGCGCCGCAGAAGGUCAACAUCGAAGUGGAAAGAGAAAAGAAAUGGGUGAAGAUGCUGGGCACGUGGGACUCUCCAGCCACGCAGGAGAAGCUGCACCGCCGCAUCUACAAGGGCAUCCCCAACUCGCUGCGCAUCAAGAUUUGGGGCAAGCUGCUGGACGUGGCGCGGCUGCGGGCGGCCCACUCGGGCAAGUACCGAGAGAUGCUGACCCUGGCCCGGCGCUGGAGCACCGACGUGAGGCAAAUAGACUCCGACGUCAACCGACAGUUCCGAGAACACCAGUUCUACCGCGCGCGCUACUCGGAGAAGCAGUGCUCGCUGUUCCACGUUCUCUGCGCGUAUGCCAUGUACAACGCGGAGGUGGGGUAUUGCCAGGGCAUGGCGGGACUGGCGGCGGUGUUGCUGCUCUACAUGGAUGAAGAGGACGCCUUCUGGGCGCUGGCCGCGUUGCUAAGCAACAGCAAAUACGCCAUGCACGGGCUGUAUAUCGAGGGGUUCCCGAAACUCACGCGUUUUCUAGAGCAUCAUGACCGAAUACUCACCAAGUUCAUGCCAAAGCUCAAACAGCACUUCGAUAAGUUUGGUUUAGACGCCAUCUUGUAUUCUCUCAAGUGGUUCUUUGUCUGCUUCGUGGAGCGCGUGCCCUUCAGCCUGUGUCUGCGGGUGUGGGACAUCUAUCUGCUGGACGGGGAGCGCGUCAUCACCGCCAUGGCCUACACAAUACUCAAACUGCACAAGAAGCAAAUUAUGAAGCUGAAUGAUAUGGAUUUAAUUGUUAAUUAUAUUCAGGUGAAGUUGCACAAAGACUUCGGCUACCCGGAUGACGUCGUCAUAUCGGCGCUGGAGCGAAGUAUGGAGGAGCUGAAGCGGGCCCGGUUGGACACGCCCGGGCCACCACCGUCCAAGGAACUGCCUCAGAGGACCCUCGGAGUGUUUGUUGAACCGGACAACAAGAGCAAGAUUGGCCAGAGAGCGGAGACGUUCAGCGAGACUGAGAAACAGGCGCGGGCUAAUGUUAUCUUGAGGAGAGAGAAGGCUGCCCUGGAGCUGCAGGAGCUGCGAGUGUCCCAGAGCGACACCGUGUCAGAGCAUAGCGGGUUGGCGGGCGCGGCGAGGUGCGAUGAUUCGGUCUCGGCCCUUGGCUCUCGACGCUCAUUGGCUGACACCAGCGUCACUUCCACCGCUGACCUCAGCGUCUUCUCUAGUGGCAGAUCGCACGCGCCCGACAACUCUCUCGACACACACAGCAACGUGAGCGAUGGCGAUACGGGUUCCAACGGUUAUCUUUGGGAUACCCAGGCGUCAUUUUACGGGUCCGGUAUAUGCGGGAUGAGCAUACAACGUGCGCCCUCCACCGCGCACUCGACGCCGCGGGCCACGCCGCAUCCACACUCCGCGUCCCCGCAUCCAUCGUCUGUCUCCCCGCAUCCAGUGUCCGUCUCUCCUCUAUCCGACGACGUGGUCCGCAUCCACGUGACAUACAACCCGCUGGCCGCCAGCCCCUCCCGCCUGCAUCCAAUUAGCCCCUCCAAGAGGUUUGACGAACACUCCAAGCUGACACUCGGGUUGUUCACAAAUGGAACGUCUUCGGAUAAUAGGAUUCGUAUCCAGGUGCCGAGUGAGGAUCUCCUGACUCCGGUGGUCGAUUCUGGCAGGAUCAUCACGCAACAUUAUAUGGAUAAGGAUGUCUAUGAUCUGAAGUAAGUUGGCUGAGCGGUGUUGCUAUGCGAGUAGGAUGUAAGGCGUUUGUUGUUAACGACUCCCCCGUAAGGAAACUAACUGGGGUGUCGUUGACAAUAUCACUGCGGCGUAAAUCAGAUAUUUUACUGUGUUUGUUUAUAUUUGAUGUGUAAAGUUAUUUAUUUCAUAGUACGGUGCGUUCGUGCUCGUUACUGAGCGUGCUUUGAUUAGAGUAAACUGUAAAAUGAAUAUUUUUAAUAUGAUCUGUUGAUUGAAGAUCUGAUUUAGUUUUUAGAAAGUAUAAGUCUUGUGAAACAAAAAUUACGGCCAUAGAUCGUAGGUGUACUUUAUUUGUUUAGAUUAGCUAGAACAUUGAAAUGGGGUUAAUUUGUCGUUUUGAUCUCGACCGCAAUACAAAGUCCAAUAAAUAAAAUAAGCAAUAAAAGAUAUUAGUAGUAAACCUACCCAACUAUGUAAAAAUACAAAGAAAAAUAUAAAAAAAUAAUUAUUUAUCAAUGCAUCGACAUAUUAAGUACAUCGACAGCGCAGAAUGAAUAGAGUACACUCUGCUACAUAGAAUAUUGGGAAAUGGAAUCAGAGUGAGUUUGUGAUCGAGAUUAAAUCGAUUAGCGAUGAUUAGAAUUAAAAAUCCUUUUUAUAUUUUUUAUAAUACCCACCAACAGUGUUUUUGUUUUAAAUAGUUUAAUGUAACAUUUCAGUCUGGUAUAUUGGAUGUAGCGACAAGCACUUACAUAUAUUAUGUACAUGUGUUAUCUACUGCUACACUCUGAUUCAUAUAAUAAUUACCGUCUUUGAGGAAAAACUGAUCUUAUUAAGUAUAUGGUUUGUGAGGUUUACCACGCAUUAUUUCUUGAACUACCUUUCAACACGAUUCCAUGUGCAUUAUUUAUUAAUUAAUUACGAAAGUAUUUCAGUACAAUCGGUGCAUGAGGGAUUUAUUUUAAGCAAUGUGAUAAGCAAUAUUUUUUAUUUUACAUACCUACUUAUAUUUAUUACUUACAUGAAAAUUACGAGGUCAUUUGCUCAGUAUUUGUUAUUUAUUUUUAUAUAUUACUUUCAUGGUGGAGGUACGAUUUAUAUUUCAUUUUUAAUAUAUUAUAAAAUACGGUACGAAUGGCUGGAUUUUUGAAAUGUAUGAUUUCGUGAAGUAAAUGUAUCUACUUGAAUCUCACUGUUACGUCUCAAAAGUAUGCAUGCGAAGUGAAUUACGUGCCCGUUUAUUAACUUGCUGGUUUUUAAUUUUAAAGAGGUGAUAUCAAAAGAAGAUAUUGCGUACUUUAGUGGUUACAGUUAAUCAUUGAAAUGACACUCAGCAGUUCCGCCUAUAGAGCAUGAUUUGUAAUAGCAAAUAUCGCCCUCGUCUUGAUGGAAGCUAACUAAAGCUACAAUUUUAAUGGGUAAUUUACAGAUAUCAUGAUUAUUUGUUUUUAUAACGCUGUCUUUUGUUUUAAUUUCUAAUGAACCGUUCCGUCCUGCUCUUACAAGGGACAUCUAUAAAUCCCACUAUGCAGUAAAACGGCUCUCAAAAAUUUAUAUUUUUAACAUUACAUAAAAAUAUAACCCAUUAAUAAAGUAAUGUAAAAUAAUAAAUUGUAUGAAUAUUGAAAUCAAUUGAUGAAUGCUUUAAGAUAAGAAUCUCGAGAGAUUUAUGAAAAAGUUAUGAUUUAACUUUCUAGUAAUAAAUAAGAAAUAAUAACCAUAGAUAGUAACGUUUUUGUAUAAACAUAGUCCUAGUUACAUUAUGUGCUAAAUAUGUAUAUAACGUAUAUUUUCUGUAACCUACACAGAAAUAGCUAUUGUAUCGUUCUUAAUACUUACACUUAUAAAUCUUAUAAUGCUUUAAUGAUAAAAUAUGUCAAAUAUUUUAAUGGCGAUAUGGAAGGGUGAUGCUAAGGAAAUUGAAAAAAAUGUUUGUCGAUUCUAGAUAUUUAAACUUGUAGCUAUUGAAAAUUGUUGAUUCAGUGAGAUAUGCAAUAAAGUCAGUCAAACUGCUAGGUUAAGAUUUUCUAUAACUCGAGGUUUCAGUAAUCUUGCAGUGUUCGUGUUAGUUGGUGAAGAAACAUACUUAGAACAUGCCACUAUUUUAGUCCUGUCUAUCUUAUUCAGCCUCAUUUAGUUUCGGAUCGGUGAAUAAUUCAUUCUUUGAGUACAUUCAAUAUGGACAUCAUAAUCAACAUACCGAAUAUAUUGAUAAACAUAUUAAAUCUGUGUAUUUUCUCAAUUCGUAUAAAAUGAUGAAUAUUGCAUUUAUUUAAAUAUGCAAGACUGAUAGUAGGCAAAAGUAUUUUUUUAUAGGAAAUUAUAUACAGUACAUACAAAUUUAUGUUUAUUGACAGUCAUUUAUUUCCAAAAAAGCAAUAAUAUUGAUCGCAAAGUGAGAUAAAAUUUUAAUAGAAACUUAUUUAGGAAAAUAGUUUACAAGAUAAUUGAUGUCUGUUGUUAUGUAGAAUCCAGAUUGUGGAUAUUAGUAAUGUACUCCGGUUUAAGUACAUAUUUGUCAUUUGUAAAUUAUAAUUAAAGUUACACAUUUCACACAAUACUUAAAUGAAGUAGGUAAGUGUGUCUUAUUGAAAAACAAUGUUAGUAAUAUAACGUAAGUUUUUAACAUUUAGAACUUGAGUUAAAAUAUUUCAUUAUUGUGCCAUGAUUUACAUUAUGGUAAGAAUUAUAAUUUUAAACAUAAAUUACGUAAAAAUAUCGGGGAUUCUAGUUUAAUGGAUCAGUUACACUAACUUAAAUGAAUAAUUUUAUUUUUGUGUCAUACAUAAUUUCGAUUUUAACGUAGAUUUCCGUCCAAACUGAAUAUAAACCCUUUGGUAUCAGUCGUGAAUAUUAUAUUCUUCACCCCGUCACGUCAAAUUUAGAAGAUACUAGACUUAGAUCCAGCAUAGAAAACUGCCACUUCGUUGCGAUACUUGAUAGAAACUGUACUUAAAUCAGUUAAUCAUCCCUUCAUACACACACCUCUUAUUUCACACAUUCACACCGCGUCAAUAAAAAAAAAUGUAUUUGUUGAUAAAUAUUGUCAGAUUAUUUGAUUAUUGUAAACGGUGUAUGUAUAGUUAAAUGUUAAAUUAAAACAGCUUAAAUAGUUUGUGUGUCAAUGAUGUUUCAAGCAUGUAAUAUUAGUGAAUAAUUAUUAUGUCAUGACUUGCAACAAUUGCAAGUAUCUACUUGUUUUAAAUAACCAGUGAGACUAGUGCCUGAAUUCAAUCGCAAAUAUGUUAGUAACGUGAACACGUUUAUAUCAGUUUUUAAGUAUUAUACAUAAUAUAUUAGACGUAAAUGUAAAAGCAAUUUUAUAAGUGCCCAUGAAAAGUAAGUACAUACUGAUGUACCUUGCCCACUUGCACCAACACAGACACCAAUAUUGUUCUACUAAUACAAUUAAGUAUACUUAUUUAUAUAUUUUAUUAUUUGAAAAAUAGGAUUGGUACAUUUUAUUCUCGAAGUACAUAGCUAUGCAUAUAUGAGUACCACUGGAGUACCUCUCUACUAUCAUUAUGUAAAAUUUCAAAAUAAAUAAGUAAUAUAAUCUCAUCUAUAACAUUCCUUCUUAAACAGAUUUUAGGUUUAGUUCUUUGGCAGUAAAAAAUCUGCAGCUUCAUUGAACUGUUAUAUUCUAAAGUAUACAUGGUGUAAACUAAAAUGGUAUUGUAAGCCAAAAGAAGGUCACAGUUUUUGUAUUUUAUUUCAAUAAUGAUUUUUUGUGGUUCAGAAUGACAAGAGUCAUUUAAUAAGUUUCUUUCCGAUUGCAAUACCAUUUUGCAGCCCCUAUACAAAUAUCUAUACCUAGACCUGUAUAUGGAUAUCAGACACUUUAUAAACUUGAAUUUAAAAAUGGACUGAGAUGGUGUUAAAUAAUAUAAUAUUUGAACCCAUGUUCUCAACUUAGAUAAUUACUAUGCUUACCUUCUUAUUACUUAUGAUGAUGCAGGUACUGUAUGUACCUUCGUCGUCUCAUCACUGUCAUAACCAUUAUGGGUAGGGUGCCUUUUUAAAGUCCCAAAGAUCAUAUUGUUUCAUAUAGUUAAUACCUACAUGGUAGAAAAGGAAGAUGCGACAGUGUAAUAUCUACCUAGAUUAGAUUUAUUUUUCUGUACCUAUCUACUUGGAAAAGUUUUAAAUAAGUACCUACCUUCAUUCUACCUACAUCCAUGCUGCCAGAUCGAUCUUUUCUACCCUGGAUAUUGGAUAAUCAAGUGAUAGCUUGUCAAACAAUUUUUCUAGUGUUUUGAAUUACUUUGCUUAUCUAAAUAUUAAAUACAUACCUACCUAUUUAUUGAUUUAGCUAUUCCGGCUAGAUUUAUUUAUACCUAUGUGAAAUAUUGUGUUGUGUUUGUGUGUAUUGAAUGUAAUAUCCUAUCUUAUCUUAUACUGUCAGAUACACAAGAAAUGGGCGACAAUAGCCCGUAAAAAGAAUGAAAAAUUGUUAUUUUAAUAUACCUAAUUUAUAUGUACCUACUUAAAUUACAUACAAUAAUUGUAAGAGUGUAUGCUUAUUAGUGGUGCUAGUUGGUUAUGUGUGUAUGCAAUUGAUAUUAUCUGAAAAUGUUGGGAGAGAUCACUCGAAUAUUUUAACUGGACUAGCGGUAAAUUAACAGUUUAAAAUGUAACAGAAAAUAUUGUUUAUUGUGAAAUGAGUGGAAACCGUUUCAUCAGCUUUCCUUAAAUGGUUUUCCAAGUUUGUUUCCUUGGCAAUGAUUGAUUUAUAUACUUGCGUGAAAUAGCAUAUUUUUUGUGCUUUUUACGAAAUAAAAGUGAUAAUUGUUCUGAGGUUUAUUUCUAUUAGGGUUACGGUCACAGUGUGUCCCUGGGUUGACCGCACAAACACAGUUGUAGGCCUAGCAUGGAGACAUCCUCAGAGAGACCAUGCAGCGCCUGCAGGUACCUCAAUUUACUAGUCUAUCAUAAAACUACAACAGUGCUCUAUAUAUUGUUAUGUAGAUCAUGACGUGUUGUAUAUUUCUUAUUAAAUUCCAAUGCGUUUGUGCCGUUUAUCCAGGGAGCCACAUGUAUCUAGUUUGAUUUAUUCUUGUAAUGGCCUAUUACUAUUCUAUCACUCAAGAUGUGGGACGAUUUUUUUCAACUGAUUCAACGUCUAUAAACUAGGUUUUGGUUCGGUCACUUGACUUACCAAAUUUUAUAAAUGAAAAAGGGCAGAACUUUUGUUUAGUUUACAGACGUUAUAAAUUAAUUAUUAUUUGUAAGAGAGUUUGUGUACAGUUGAAGCUUGUAUAAAGGCAUGUUGGUAUAAUCAUGGAUAGUUGAGUUCUAACGAAACUCUUUUGGCAGUAGCACGAGAUUAUAGUGAAACAUUAAUAUUAAACUA